CUCAGGGCCUUGCAGAUGCCAAAGCCGCUGCCUUGGACCUUCCCACACCCAGCCAGGGUCAGCCCCACCGUGUUCUUUGACAUCACUGCGGACCGCGAGCCUUUGGUCCACAUCUCCUUCAAACAGUUUGGAGUUCCAAAAACAGCAGAAAACUUCUGUGCUCUGAGCACUGGGGAGAAAGUAUAUGGUUAUAAAGGUUCCUCCUUUCACAGAAUUAUUCCAGGAUUUAUAUACCAGGUUGGUGACUUCACACGCCACAAUGGCACAGGUGGCAAGUCCGUCUACAGGGAGAAAUUUGAUGAUGAGAAUUUUGUCCUGAAGCACACAGGUCCUGGCAUCUUGUCCAUGGCAAAUGCCGGACCCAACACAAACGGUUCCCAGUUUUUCAUCUGCACUGCCAAGACCGAGCAGCUGGAUGGCAAGCAUGUGGUCUUCUGCCGGGUGAAAGACCACAUGGAUGUUGCUGUGACAGCCAUGGAGCACUAUGGGUCCAGGAAUGGCAAAACCAGCAAGAAGAUCCUGGCCAUUACUGACGGUGGACAACUGUAA